AUGCAGCCAAAAAGGAUGCGCAUGAGGCAACCAUCUAAUCCCAGACUAUCACCAUCGGGUGCUACAUCACCACCACCAUCCGUCUCACCACCACCGUCACCAUCAGUUGCACCUUCAUCACCGACGUCGUCAUGUUCGGUGCCUUCGCCGGGAAUGUUUGUGGAAUGUUCCCCACCUUCGGCUUCAAACCCGCUACCCGACUCUCCGAUGCAGCAUCCAUCUCAACCUCCACGUCUUCACCCUCGGCAUCGACGAGAUAAGGAUAUCAAUUAUGGAAGCGAAGAUGACUCUGACAAGAGCGACGACGAGGACGCCCUAGGGUUUUCUGGCAUUCCAAGGGUGCUUCAGAGUAUUAUGGAAACACCUUUGGACCUGGAUGAGGAUGCCGCCGGAGAACCCACGUCCGCCCAGGGGGCGGACAUGGGUGGGUCAGACCCAGAGCCUGCCAGCGACCAUGCGCCCGCCGAUGUCCCUCCAACGGCGACGGACCAGCCUUGGAGCUGGGAAAAGAACAAGGACGGCAUACCGUCACAUGUUAAGUCUCUAAACCACUACCACACCAACGACGGUUAUCUUUUCAAAAGUCGUAUCGCGGCGUCAGCGUCCUGUAACAAACGGCAUUUCAUCAUGGAUAGAAACGAGAAACAUCCACGUACGCGGGGUGGUCCGCGACGCAGGAUGUUGGUGCGGGUUGGACGCGGUGGGUCACCACCGGUAGUGGAGGAGGUGCCUGUGGUGGCCGGUCCCAGUAGAGUCCGGGGACGUGGCAGGGCGCGCGUAAGCCGCACCAUUGCCCGACGCCAGCGCCCAGGACCUCUUAAUGUGCACGAACCAUCACCAUCGGUUGCAACACCACCAUCAUCAAUUAGUAUGGAUAAGACUAUGAAAAGGCGCAGAGGCCGCGCCAAUGCCCGACACGAGCGACCAGGACCUCACACUAUUCACGAAUUUGUGAUUCGCGACAUCGGCGAGUUACCGGAAGACCGGGGUCUCGAGACCGCCCUGCAUCCAAAAAGAAUGCGAACGAGGCAAUCAUCUAAUCCCAGACCAUCACCAUCGGCUGCUACAUCACCACCACCAUCCGUCUCACCACCACCACCAUCUGUCUUACCACCACCGUCACCAUCAGUUGCACCUUCAUCACCGUCGUCGUCAUGUUCGGUGCCUUCGCCGGCAAUAUUUGUGGUAUGUUCCCCACCUUCGGCUUCAAACCCGCUACCCGACUCUCUGAUGCAGCAUCCAUCUCCACCUAAACGUCCUCACCCUCGGCAUCGACGAGAUAAGGAUAUCAAUUGUGGAAGCGAAAAUGACUCUGACAAGAGCGACGACGAGGGCGUCCUAGCCUUUUCUGGCAUUCCAAGGACUGCAUCUGAUGCUUGGAAGCGAUUAUCUGACACUUUCGAAGACAAAGGUCUGUACAGAAGAGUACUAUUGCUUCGACAAUUACACCGUAUAGAAUUUAAUAAUUUUUCAAGCAUGUCAGACUAUAUUGAAGGCGUCAUGAAGUUGGUUGCACAACUCUCUGACAUUGGAAAGGUUAUAGAUGAUGCAGAAAUUGCCGAGAUUUUGUUGUCGGGUCUACCUGAAGACUUUAAUGUACUAGUUUCAAGCCUGGAGACUGCGAGCUUGACGAAGACACUCUCAAGUGAAGUUGUUCGCACUCGCUUACUCCAAGAAGAUCAUAGGCGCAAUAACAAUGGGAAUACUUCAGAGAAUUUAGCUUAUGCAGCUAACAACAAAAGAAGAUUUAAGAAUCUAGUCUGUACAUAUUGCAGAAAGAGCAACCAUACUAUUAAACAAUGUUUUAAGAGAAAACGUGAUGAAGCGAAGAAAAAGAAUGAAGAUCAACAUACACUGUUUGCAACUGCAUACUCCACUUCCCAUUUGAACGAGUUCAUCAUAGAUAGUGGAGCCACUGCCCAUAUGUGUGCUGACUCAACACUAGUCCAGGAUCCAGUGAACAAAAAAUGUGCUAUUACUGUUGCCAAUGGACAACAAUUACAAUGUGAAAUGGUUGGUAAAACUACUCUUUCUGAUAAUGUUUCUCUAAGUAAUGUUUUGUUUGUACCUGAUCUUUCUAAUAAUUUGAUAUCCGUCAGUGAGAUCACUAAUAAGGGUUAUGUUGUAACUUUCCAUAAGGAUUACUGUACUAUAUAUAGUGAUUGUAAAAUCACAGGCAACCAGGUUUUAUUUGCUAAUAAAAAUAAUGGACUCUAUAAAUUUAAGUUGCAAGAUCGGCCCAACCCUCGAGUAGGUCAUUCUAUGUCCCUUCAAUCUAGGCAAGGAACCAUGAGUGCCAAUGCUGCAGCUUGUGUACCUAUUAGUAUAUGGCAUAAGCGCUUAGGUCACCUGAAUCAUAAAGGUAUGUGCAUACUUGGUGAUGGGAAUCAGUGUGUGGGUGUCGUUUUUCAGCAUGAAAAUGAUGUGCCCGGCAGCUGCGUCUCUUGCCUUACCGGAAAGAUGCAUGAGUCAUCUUAUCCUAGGUCAAGUGGGGGACGUGCUGCUCAUCCGCUGGACCUGAUCCAUAGUGAUGAAGACCUUCGGUUACCUUAUGAAGCACAAAUCGGAAAUGGGACUACAAGCCUGCCUUUACAGUCACCACUAUCGGAUGUUUACCGUACUGCAAGUGAAGAUUCUACUGAGGAUGAUGAUGAUGAGGCUGAGGUGCUUUCUGGCUCUGAUGUCUCGCUGUCGCCCUCUUUAUCUCGAGGAGCAGAGCAGACUGCGUCUAAUGGUAACGACGUGUCUAUCUCUCGCCCUGUACGGAGUACCCGAGGUAUUAUUCCCGAACGUUAUAAAGAUUAUUAUUUAUCUUCAUUAUUGGCUGAUGUCAGCUCAUUGGAUGAGCCUUCUACUUACGACGAGGCGAUGAAUUCUCCGGAGAAGGAUGAAUGGCUUAAAGCUAUGAGAACCUUUCCACAUAAAAUCGAACUACCUAUCCUUUGUGUUAAAUAUUUGUUAAAACUUCUGUUUAGUACAUUUUGUGAUUUUUUUAUAGCUCAUGAG